AUGGCGACAUUCACGGUAUUAGAUCAAGCUGAAGAAGACAAACUCCACGCGACCCGGCUGUUAGGUAUCGAAGAACGGCCCUUCAAACGAGUCUCCAAACGCCUUCUUGCGCCCACCACUCCCAUCAACGCGUUCCUGGCCCGACCGAGCCCGUCAGCCGACGACGACAACGACAACGACAACGACGACCCCCCCGCGCCAGAGUCGUCGUCUGCCGAGCAACACGAGCAAUUCCUCCAAUCCCUGACCCGCUUCCGCGAGGACAUCAUUCUCGACUUCGCGGCCUUCGAGUCCUCGAUCGCGCGCACCGCCUUCCUCCGCGCCGCCAACACCCGGGAACGCGAGCGCUACGCCACGGAAAAGCUCAAGAUCGAACAGACCGCCAACGACGUGCGGGCGAACCUGUCGCAUCUGCGGGUGCAGCUGGACGCGGCACAGAAGACGCUCGCGGUCCGGAAAACCUACGACGUGCUGGCGGAGAAGAUCACGCGCGACGAGAAGUUGAGGGUCACGCGGGCCGAGCAGCAUGUCAACCUGGAGAAACUCAAGGCGGAAAUCGAGGAGCUGGAACGGGAGAGUGCCGAGUUGAAGGUCGCGUGGGGUGAGAGGCGGGAACAGUUCGACCGGGUCAUGCAGGAGGGCACGAGGUUGAGGAGGGUCAUGAGAGACGAGAAGGAGCCAGACCCAGAGGGCGAGAAGGAUGACGCUGACCAUGAGAGGGAACGAGAUGGCGAUGACGGGGAGAGGGAAAGAGACGGCCUGUCGACGGCCGGCACACCCCGACCUGGAGACGAUGCGCCGACCCCCUUCCCCGCCGGGCUCAGAGGCAGCGGCGCGCUGACACCUCGGUCACAUAUGCAGGAAGGACCUGCUAGUACUGGAGGGGCUACACCGCGGCGGACAGACGAAGACGUUGAUAUGCACGGCAACACUGGAGUAUCUUCUGCGGGAGAAGACGGGAUCAAGGAGGCCGCGGCGGCUGCCCUUGAGAACGCUGCAGACGACAUGGACACAACAUAG